AUGUCGGGAUGGCGGGAACUUCCAUUCUUUGGAAUUACUCCAGUAAUUGAUCCCUCGCUAUUUUCUGAAGAGCUCACUGCAAUCACGCCGGCCAAUGAUACAGUCUUGUACUCUACGCGGCGAGAGAUCAGACAGUUCGACAAAGAGCUGAAUCCACUACUCACGACUGCAAUCGAGGAUGGAUGGACAAUUGACUUCCUCAGGGGUGUACCAAGCACCUUCUAUUUUGUUUCUGUGGCCACAAGACAAGGUGAACCUGCUGUCGUUACCGUGUGGAACAUGGGUAAAAUGAAGGCAACUGGACCGAGCAUUCUAUCACGAAUAAAAGUGAAGCACAACGAAUUCCCUAUUACAACAUUUGCUAUGGCUCCGGAUGUUUCGGUCAUGGUAUUUGGGUAUGCUGAUGGUGCAGUGAUUGUCGUGCGUGGAGAUGUUUUACACGAUCGAGGCGCUCGCCAAAGACUGGUUUAUAAUGCACCCACCGCAAUUACUGGCCUAGAAUUCGUGGAUGAUGAAUACACAAACGUGUUUGUUGCUUCGUUGAGUCAAAUUGCGACUGUAUCAACAGUUGGGAAGCCCCCCACGGUUCUUGAGAAGUCUAAAGGAGCCGAUCUGGGCUGCGUCACCUCCCUUGACAAUCAGCUUAUUGUCGCGAGAGAAAAAGAAAUCUGCUACUAUACUCCUUAUCAAAGAGGACCCGCAAUUGAGUUUGCCUGUACAAAAAAGAGCAUUAGCUGCUACAAGCACUACCUUGUAAUUGUCUCUCAAGAACACUCGCUUCUUGGAGAUCCGUUGAAACUAAUCAUUGUGGAUACUAGAAAUAGUAUUAUCGCAUACCAGGGACAUCUGGCGGUCAAGCAUAUGUUUGUGCAGUGGGAUAGACUCAACGUUCUUGGCCCAGACAGCGUAUUGUAUAUUCUGAAGGAGAAAACUCCGUUGGAGCAAUUGAACAUUCUGAGGGAACAGCAACUCUUCAAGACGGCUCUUUCAAUGACGAAUGGUAUUGAUUCCAAGGAAGUGCUGCUGCUGCACCAAGAGUAUGCUGACUUCCUCCAGGAAAGGGGUGACCAAGAGGGCGCUCUGGAGCAUUAUAUUGAAUCUAUUAAGCUCGGAAACACCUCGCAUGUUAUCCUGAGGUACAAAGACUCGCACAAGGUUACACAUCUGGCGACAUACCUUGAAAAAUUGCUCGAAAAUGGGCUUGCCCAACCCGAACAUAUGACCUUGUUGGUUAUCUGUUACACAAACAUGCAUGACUACGAAAAGCUCUCCAACCUUGUUAGCAGUUCAUCAGAAUUCCAAGAUUUUGAUUUCGAAUCUACAAUUCAGGUUUGUCGAAAGUCGAACUAUUUCAACCUUGCCGCCCGCCUAGCGCAGAUAUGGCCAGACCCCGAUCUUGUUGUACAGAUCAAGUUAGAAAUGAAUGAUCCUAAGGGCUGUUUGGAUUACAUUUUUACUGUUUCCGUCGCAGAUGCGCUUCGUAUUUUAACUCAAAACUCUCGCAGCCUUCUAAACAAGUUGCCUGUUGAGACAACCGCCGUUCUCAUUUCGCUGUUUACCGGAAAAUUCGUGCAACGGCCCGCAGAAGAACUCCAGGAACCAGAAAAAGAAGCAAAAGAGAGCACAGUUGUUGCACCUGUUCUCCAAAGCUAUCAGGCUUUUGUGAGCUACCUGAAGACCGCGAGCUACUUGGGUGGUAAUUUAGUUAACGCAGAAACUCUGCAAGAACAAAAAACACCAACAUAUCUGCCACCGAAUCCUCGCUUGAUUUUCCCUUCAUUCAUUGGCCAUGAGAAUGAGUUUGUGAUCUUCUUAGAGGCUUGUCUCGAAGCCGCUGCCGAUUUUCAGCCAUCACAAAACGAUUUGGCAGAUUUGACAACGGCACUCUAUGAGACAUACCUCAGCGCUGCCAGAACCUCGAAGGACCCUUCUUGGAACUACAAAGCAGCACGAUUGAUUGAUGAACAUAGUCAUCUGGCUGAUAAUUUGGCGAUCAAAUUAGCAAACAUCACCUUGGCGCCCGAGCUAACGUCGGUUGGAGGCUCUCCAGCAGAAAAAUUCCGUGAUUUGAUUCAAGCUCAAAAGAUUGAUGAGGCACUUGUCCUUCUCGAGAGCAACCCUGAGCCUGAAGUUCUUCUCGUUGCAGUCAAGCAUUUUGUUUCCCAGGCAGACGCCUUUGAAAAGAUUCGGCCAAAUUUCACGGAGCUCCUGAAUAAAUGCGUACAAUUGAGGGUUCUAUCGCCGGUUCAAAUUAUAGAUCUUGUUUCACGGCCGCAUAUAACAAUUCAAGAUCUGCGGCCGUUCCUGGAGAACCAUAUCAGAAAUGAACGAGCAGAAAUUGACCGCAGUUCUAAACUGACAAAGUCUUAUCGUGAAGAAACUGAGUCAGAGCGGAAAAAACUUGGUUCUGACUUGCCGAUAGUCAAGUAUUCGGAUUGCGCAGGAUGUGGGCUACCUUUAGACCUUCCAGUGGUACAUUUUGCAUGCAAGCACUCUUAUCACCAACGCUGUUCGACUGGAUCUGGGUAUUGUCGAAUUUGUUCGCCCGAGCAGCAGAGUGUUGAGGUGAUCAGGCGCAGCCAACUUGAAGCUGUAAAAGAAGACGUAUUCAUCGAUUCAUUGGCCUCGCACAACGAUAAAUUACGGGUAAUUACUGAUUAUAUCUCACAAGGAGCUUUAGCGUAG